AUGUCGAAAGAAGUAGAAGAAAAAACCGAAGAAAUUGGUUCGAUGUGUAUUAUUCUUCAUCGUGAACGAAGUUUUCACAAUGCUGACACUCGAACAUUAAAAAGUGCCAUACAAAAGUAUGCUCGUCGAGCAAUGUUUUUUCCAAAGGGUAUAUGGUGUCUAAUUGAACUAGAUCUUUUUUCUUAUCUUGAAAUAAAACCUGAUCUUUAUCCGAAUGAUAAAUUAACACGAAAACAAAUUCAACAAAAUUCAAUUCGUAUUCGUUCAAAUAUGAUUAAUCGUCUUAUAGUUAUAAUGAGUGAAGAUGUAGGUCCAUGUAAUAGUCAUUUACCAAGUAAAAUGCAUAAUUUUUAUAUGCAAUGGAUUAAAUCUCGUCGAGAGAUAUCAAGUCGAAAAAUACUUAUUGAAAUGUAUCAUUGUUUAGCUAAUGAAAAUAUAAAACGAAUUCGAUUAUUAAGUGAUCUUAAAACAGUUUAUAAUUUACCUGAAUGUCCAAUGAAUACUGAUAAAUUACAUCGUCAAUUACUAGAAAAAUUUGAAAUGAAACAAUUAAUUAAAAUUAUGUAUGAAGAUGAAUGUCGAGGAAAAAAGAAAGAAGAACUUUAUAAACUUAUUAUUGAACAUCUUUCGACUAAAUCUGAACUUGCAUUUGCUUAUUUAUCAGUUUUAUUUAAAAGAAAUGAUAAAAUAUUAAUUAAUCAACAACUUUGGCCAUAUCUUAUCCGUACAUCACCUUUUCCAGAUAGUACUCGAGCACUUGCUUUCUUUUACAAAACAUUAAAACAUAAAGAACAUUAUCUAUAUUUAUAUCAUGCUAUGACUUUUGUUAUUUAUGAAGAUACUAUACGAAAAAUUGAUCAACAAACAAAUGAUGUAUUAAAUAUUAAUGUUGAUCAAUUGUAUAAAGAUCAUUUAAAUAAAGAAACAAAAAUAGAAUUAGAUUCAUUUGUAUUCGAUCGACAUACAGGUGCAUCAACAUCAAGAAGUGAUUUUGCUCUUGAAGGUGCUCAAGUAGUUAAUGAAUGUAAAGAAUUAUUUAUAGAUAAAUAUCGACAAAUGUAUAAUGAAUUUAAAAUUAUGAUGGAUAAUGAAGAAGAUAAAAAAUCAACAACAAAAACAAAAAGAAAAAUAAAAGAAUCACAAGAAGAAAAUGAGACAACGAAAAAAAUUAAAUUAAAUACACAUGAUCAAAUAAUAAAUGUUGAAAUUGAUAAUGAAAUAAUUCGUUUAGAUUAUCAUCUUGAUAUAAAACCAAUAUCAUUUGUUUCUGAUGAAUUAUCAAAACUUGCUCAUGGUCAACGUCGAACAAGUACUCAUAAAAAAGCCGUAUUCAUUUCAACAGAUUAUGUUUAUAAAGGUCCUUAUUUAGCAAGUUCACAGGGUGAUAGAAAAAAAUUAUUAUAUAAUUUAUAUUUUACUCGUGCUUUACUUACACUUGAACAAUAUUUAAAAAUACCAGAUCAUCUGCGAUCUAUUAUAGAUUGGCAUUCAGUAAUUAAAAUUGAUGACAUCAAUGAAUAUUAUUUAAAACAAAAAUCUUUAGGAAAAUUAUCUACAUUAGAAAGCGAUCAUGAAGUAGUAACAACAAAAAUAGAAACUAAUAUUAAAGUACUUCGACGUGGUUCCCAUAUUAAUCGUCUAAUUGAAUUAGAAAAUGAUAAAUCUAAUUUUCAAAAUGAUAAAAAAUAUCUUUGUCAAGCAUGUUUACAACAUUUUUAUUUACGUUAUAUACUUAAUAUUGGAGAUUCAGGAACAUGGAAUAUACUUGUACGACGAGAUCAUAAUCAAGGUAUAUGUGGAAUUGAUUUUGAAGAAAUUCAAUCAGAAAAAUCAAAGAAAACGAAUGAUCCUUUGACAAUGAUUAUGAGUAAAGUAUCUAAACGACAACAAGAUCUUUAUGGAUCAUAUAUAAAUGAUAUUAUAAUAUUCAAAAAUAAAAUUGAUCCUGCUGAUGAAUUAGCAAAAAUAUUAUCAACAUCAUUUAAAAUUGAUAUUGACAACAUGAAUGAACGUAUUGAAAAAUAUGCUAAUUGUAUUUUAAAGAAAAAAUAA